AUGGCCACCUCGACUUCUCCACAAAAGAAAUCCUUUGAGGGCAAUGGGGCCCCGGCGACGACUCAAAAAGACUGCUGGAUAGAGGACACACAUCUCACAGGUCCAUCUGGAGUUGUUGCUCUCUAUCGCUCGUAUGAUUCCGACUUUCGUGCAAGGACUGAGCGCCAGCUACGCCGCAAAAUCGAUACGCGAAUUCUUCCUCUCAUUGUCUUGAUUUAUCUCUUCAACUAUCUGGAUCGAAACUCGAUCACCCAGGCUCGUCUCUAUGGACUUCAAGAGGAUACGGGCCUGAAAGGGGCUGAUUACCAGACUGCGAUCUCGAUAUUCUCAGCUGGAUACAUUCUCAUGCAAUUACCUUCCACGAUCAUGAUGACAAAAUUCCGCCCUUCCAUUUAUCUGCCAACAUGCAUCAUCCUGUGGGCAUUCGUUAGCGGAUGCACUGCCGCCACUUUCAACACUCCUAGCAUCCUCAUGGUCCGCUUCUUUCUUGGAUUCGUCGAAGCGCCGUUCUUUCCCGGUGCAGUUUACUUCCUCAGCUGUUGGUACACAAGACGUGAGAUUGGUGUCAGAAUGGCUCUGUUGAUCUGUGGUAUUCUGCUUUCAAAUGCUUUUGCUGGACUCAUCUCGGCUGGUAUCCUGUCAGGAAUGGAAGGAGUUGCUGGAUUGGCAGCCUGGAGGUGGCUGUUUAUUCUUGAAGGACUUGCUACUAUCAUAUUGGGCGUAAUUGCUCUCUUUGUUCUUCCAGAUUUCCCUGGUACGACCAAGUGGCUCACUGAGGCUGAAAAGAUCGUGGCCCAAGCUCGCCUAUCCGUUGAUGCUGGAAAUGAUACCCUUCUCGAUGCCGAGGAGGUUCCUAUCAUGCGGGGUCUCGUGUGGGCAGUGAAAGACAUCCGCACCUGGAUCUUUGCUUGCAUGCAAAUGUCCACGACGGCCUCGAUCUCGUACUCUCACUUCUUUCCCACCCUGAUCAAACAACUUGGUUUCAAGAGUAACUCCAUUGUUCUCUUGCUUACGUCUCCGCCUUACUUCGUGGCAUUUUGCUGGGCGUUGUCAUGGGCGUGGGUAGCAGACAGGAAGCAGAUCCGAUCCGUCCCUGCAGGGAUCUCUCAGAUCACUGCUAUGGUUGGAACUAUCCUUUUGAUCGCAGUGACUGAUCAACUCUGGGCCCGGUAUGCCUUCACAAUUCUUGUGUGUUGUGGUACCUUUGGAGUGUACUCUACGACAUACGCAUGGCUGUCUUCGACUCUGACACAGCCACCCAUCAAGCGUGCCGUCGCUAUUGGACUGGCAAAUACAUGCGCAAAUUGUGCUUCUCUAUUUGCAAAUUAUUUCUGGCUUGAUCAGUAUGGGCCUGAAUAUCGAGAAUCUUGGGGCUGCUUGUUGGCUUUCCAGGCACUGGGUAUGGCUUGCAUCCUGACACUUCGGUUUAUGCUUCAGCGCGCCAACAAGAAGUUUGAAACCUUGGCCACUGAGACCGACCUGAAUGAUCCCAGUGUCACGGCGCACUGGAACGAAGAUGAAAGAAGCGCUGUGCACAAUAACUUCAGAUAUGUUGUUUAG